AUGAAAGUAUCUAUUGAACACUCUAAAAGGAGUAAUGAAGAUAUUUCAGAUUUUCAAGUAAAAAAAAGACGAAAAAUAAAAAAUAAAGAAAAAAUAGCAUAUGAAAACUUAAAGAACAGAAAAUUGAAAAAAAUACAAAAAAAACAAAUACAUAAGGAAAAAAAUGAAGUAAAUGAUAUUAUUACGAGUGAUACGGACUCUUCUAUAUCAGUAGAUAUGGUAGAAAAUGAGAAAAAAAAAAAUGAUGACCAAUCUACAAUUUCUGACAAUUCAGUUAAAUUUGCUUCUGCUUUAUCAAAAAUUAUAUCAUCAACUGUAGAUUCAUUUGAUAAAAAUGAUCCUGUUCUUAGUUAUAGCAAAAUAGACAUGGCUAAAAAGAUUGAAGAAAAAAGUAUAGAAAACAAGGCAAAAAUGUUAAUUUCAAUUGAAAAAAAAAAAGAAAAAGAAAAAGGAAGAAUAAAAGAUAUUAUUCCCAUAGAUGAUAAUGAAGCACGAAAAGCUCUAGAAUAUGAAAAAUCUCUACGAAAAAUUGCUCAAAAAGGAGUUAUUAAUCUAUUUAAUACUAUCCAAGCAGUACAAACCAAGGCAAAAAAAGUUUCUAAAGAAAUGAAAAAGAAGAAAUUAAUGAGCACACAAAAAAGAGAAAAAGAAGUUGCAAAAAUGUCAAAGCAGGAGUUUCUGGAUAUGAUUAGAAAAACAAAUAAGACAUGA